AUGAGUAACGACAGAGUAUCCUCGAAUCGAGUCUCGAAGCGGACUCCAGCCGUGGCCAUCGGCGAACUUCCAGGCUCUUUGCCAAAGUCCCAGAUCCCGGCAGACACGGACUGUGAAGCAGUCGCUCGCGCCCAUCUACCACGACUCCUAUCGCUGUCAGUGGACCAUGUCACAGAUUCUGUGAUCUGGAGAGAUUUACUGGCAUUGACGGGCACGUUCCGGACCUUCUACAGCGCACCGAGCGUGACGGAGGCGUGGACAAACACGUUUGGUCGCCACGGCCAGGUCGACGACUUGCAGCUGACGCCGGGCACUGCAAAGGUCUUCAGCGUGCUCGACGCCUCGUCCUGGAUCGAUGCACAAUUCACCUUCCACGCCUCGCCGGGUGGUCUUCAACUGCGCUGCUCCGGGUUCAUCUCUCUGGUGCCGACCGACAACAAAGGAUGGAAGAUCUGGAUGAUUCGCACGAUCCUGGACGAGGUGGCAGAUUAUGGCAACGUCGAUGUCCUGGACCCAGUCGUGCCUCACAUCAAAGAGAGGGACAACGGACUUUCUCAACACUUUGACGCUCUGGUAAUCGGCGGGGGUCAAGCAGGACUGGGCAUCGGUGGACGCCUGCAAGCUUUGAACGUCUCUUACCUCGUGGUCGACAAGUUCGACUCCGUGGGAGACAGUUGGAACAUAAGAUACGAUUCCACCAAGCGUGAGUCCAAUCCCUCCUUCCGGGAAUUUGUACCAUCAACUCGCCGCCAUGUAUCCAGAGCUGACCAUGAUAUUAGUCCACACGUCUCGAGAAUAUGGCAAGUAUUUGGUACUUCGACGUCGUCGCUCUCCAUGAUUAACUUCAGACUUGCAGGACACUUGCCCUUCUACCGCACCUACGACGACUCAUAUCCCGAGUUUCUGACAAAGGCGGAUAUUGCAAAAGGCCACAAAGACUAUGUCAAGAGAUUCGGAAUCAAUAUCUGGCAGUCGACCGAACUCAUCUCCAGCUCGUGGUCAACUCAACAGAAGAUCUGGACUUGCAGGUUGAUUCGAGGCGGUGAAGAAGUUACCGUGACGGCGUUCCAUCUCGUCUUUGCCGGCGGUUCAGGCGGACGGUGGCCCAUGAUGCCCUCGUUGCCGAACAGGGAACAGUUCAAAGGCAUCGUCCUGCAUUCAUCCGACUAUCAAAAUUCGAAUGACUGGCGCGGCCUCCACGGAGUCGUUGUGGGCUCGGCAAAUACCGGACAUGAUGUCGCUGAGGACAUGUUGAAUGCGGGCGUUGCAUCAGUGACGAUGGUUCAGAGGGGUCGGACAUAUGUACUCCCGGCUGAACACUACAUGGCAGUGACCAAAGCAUUCUACAACCUCGACAUUCCAACCGAGAAAGCUGACGGGGAGAGCUUUUCCUUCCCUGCUUCCAUCCGCCGCCAAAUCAUCCUGAACCUCCUGCACGCAAUGGCCCGGGAUGAUAGCGAGCGAUUCGAUGCCCUCCAAAAGGCAGGCUUCGACGUCGAAAGAUACGGAGACCUGAUGCACAUCCUGUUCGAACGUCUCGGCGGCCACUACAUGGACGUGGGGGCCUCGGCGAAGAUCAGCGACGGAUCGAUCAAGGUCAAGUCCGGAAGUUCUCCCACCCACUACACGGCCACGGGGCUCGCAUUCGACGACGGCACGGAGCUCGAAGCCGACGUUAUUGUCUUCACCACGGGCUUUGUGGGCAACCUGCGCCAGAUCGCCGGACAGAUAGUCGGACCCGAGAUUGCGGAUCAGCUCGACGAUUUCUGGAGGGUGGACGCCGAAGGAGAGCUGAGAGGAGCAUUCAAAUACGCUGGGCAUCCGGGACUGUGGUUCACUGGGGGCGACAUCGGCAUUGCAAGGUACUAUGGUCGAUUCAUUGCCUUGCAGAUCAAAGCACACUUGAUGGGGACUCCGCUGAGAGUGUACGAUGCGUGA